AGUCACUACGUGGCCUGCAUGGCCGCCAUCCUGAGCCAGAUGGACAAGGACCACUACAGCUCCUACAUCAAGGCGUUCCCCUCCCGGCCUGAGCUGAUGGACUUCCUCAUGGAGACCUUCAUCCUCUUCAAGGACCUGAUUGGCAAGACGGUGUACCCCUCCGACUGGAUGGUGAUGAACAUGGUGCAGAACCGGGAGUUCCUGCACGCCAUCAACCAGUUUGCCAUGACCUUGACAGAGGAGUUCCUGAGCAACAGCAGCUUCGAGCUGCAGCUUUGGAACAACUAUUUCCACCUGGCCGUGGCUUUCCUCACCCAGGACUCCCUGCAGCUGGAGAACUUCUCCCAGGCCAAGCGCACCAGCAUCCUGUCCAAGUACGGGGACAUGAGAGCCACGAUCGGAGCUUCCAUUCGGGACAUGUGGUACAACUUAGGCCAUCGCAAGAUCGAGUUCAUCCCGGGCAGGCUGGGCCCCAUCCUGGAGAUGACGCUUGUGCCGGAGCUGGAGCUGCGCAAGUCCACCAUCCCCAUCUUCUUUGACAUGAUGCUCUGCGAGUACCAGCUGACCAAGAGCUUCAGCCGGUUUGAGGACGAGAUGCUGCGCAAGCUGGACAGCGAGGUGGAAGGUGGCCGGGGCGACGAGCAGUACAAGCAGCUUUUUGAGAGCAUCUGGGGCACCCAGCAGAGGGGCUCGCCAGGGAGGGGGGCUCGGGUGCUGGAGACGCAGCGGGAAGCCAAGUUCUACGAGAAGAUCCUGAAGGUGCUGCGGCCCAGCCCGGACUACUUCGCCGUGGGCUACUAUGGGCAAGGCUUCCCCACCUUCCUCCGGAACAAGGUCUUCAUUUACCGGGGCAAGGAGUAUGAGCGCCGGGAGGACUUCGAGAUGCGGCUGCUGAGCCCCUUCCCCAAUGCCGAGAAGCUGAAGAGCACGUCUCCCCCCGGCAAGGACAUCACCAGCUCCCCGGGCCAGUAUAUCCAGUGUUUCACCGUGCAGCCGGUGGAGGAAGCCAAGGUCCGGUUCAAUGACCGGAGCAUCCCGGAGCAGAUCACCAAUUUCUAUAAAGCCAACCACGUCCAGAAGUUCAGCUACUCGCGGCCCUUCAAGAAAGGCCCAAACUCCCCACAGACCAUGUGGAUCGAGCGGACGACCUUCGUAACAGCCUACCCCCUGCCCGGCAUCCUGCGCUGGUUCGUGGUGACCUCCACCACCACGACCAUCAUCUCCCCCCUGGAAAACGCCAUCGAGACCAUGAUGAAAACAAAUGAGAAAAUUAUGAGCGAGAUCAACCGACACCAGAAUGACCCCAGCCUUCCUGUCAACCCACUCUCCAUGCUGCUCAAUGGCAUUGUGGACCCUGCUGUCAUGGGUGGCUUCGCCAAAUACGAGACGGCCUUUUUCCAGGAGUCCUACCUGCAGGAGCACCCCAAGGACGAGGGAAACAUUGAGAAGCUGAAGGACCUGAUCGCCUGGCAGACCCCGCUGCUGGCAGAGGGGAUCCGGAUCCACCGGCGGAAGGUGACAGAGGACCUGCGGCCCUUCCACGAGCGCAUGGAGCAGUGCUUCAUGCAGCUGCGGGCCAAGGUGGAGAGCCAGUACGGGGUGCGGGAGAUGGCUCCCUGUGCUCUUAGGUCUGCUUCGAGGACCGGCGGAGUGGACGACCCAGGUCUGUGA